UGGUACUAUUGACGUUUGUUUAAUGUUGAUAACAACAAUUAUUUUUGGACAAAACAAAAUAUAAACAAUUUUUAAUGAUUUAUCAAAAAAUUGGUUAUCGUAAUCAGAGAGUCUGAGAUGCGCAGUGAAUAAAGGAUCGUUUUAUUUUUCAGUAUGGUGUAAGUUUCCUCUCAAAAUAAUUCGAUAUUCAAACAAAAUAUGAAAAAUAAAGUGGAUUUAAAGGUUUGUGGGGUGUGUGGAGAUAAAGCCUUGGGAUACAAUUUCAACGCAGUUACGUGCGAAAGUUGCAAAGCCUUUUUCAGGAGAAAUGCACUUACACAAAAAGAAUUCAGGUGCCCAUUCGCUGAUGAUUGUAAGAUAACACCAGUAACUCGAAGGUUUUGUCAAAAAUGUAGACUGGACAAGUGUAUUACUAUUGGUAUGUGUAAAGAUCUGAUUAUGUCUGAAGAAGAUAAGGCCCAGAAAAGACAGAAAGUUGAAGAAAACAGAGCUAAAAAAAGAAGCAUAGGAGGAUCUGGAUCUAGCAAUAAGAGGAUGAAAAAAGAAUCAAGUUUAACUGAUUUGCAAGAUAACGAGAUGUACAGUAGCUCCUAUAACACGGACUCAGAUCAAGAUAAUAGUGUAUCUGAAGGGUAUCAGCUCAAUAAUCCAAAUAUUGUUAGUUAUAAUCCAAACCAAGAAAAUAAAAACACCGUAAAUGAUGAAAGAAUAGCUUGCUCAGAUGAAAAACCAAGUGAUGACUCUCUUACAUUCCAAAACCUCACUCAACAUUUUUAUAAUGUGAAUCAUUCAAAUUUGGAUCCUGCCUUUUUAAGUAGUUUUAUGAAUAGCAAUACUGUAAACAACAAUGAGACUGCAGUCCCUGUGCCCAGUUAUAAUAAUAAUAAUUAUACAGCUUCAACUGAGAAUAGAUUGGGUGAGGAUGCUUCAAGUAAGGAUGUACCGAGGGAUGUACAAAGUCAGAAAAGUCACCCAUAUAUACAUCCCUUUGAAUCGAUACUAUCAGAAGCCAUAAAAUUAGAAUAUGAUACAUACUCUUCAAUUGCUCAAGGAAGUUCACAGUCAAGGCAGUUAAACGAUGCAGAAAGAGCAAAACUAAAUGAAUUAGUAUUAGCAAAUAAAGCAUUGUUAACCCCUGUAGAAGAAGAACUUGGUCUUCUUGGGAAUGAAUUAAAAGAUGUUGUUAAAAAUCAAAUGUCAGGCCAGAAUCAGCAACAAACAGAUCCAGCAUUAUUGGAUCUCAUCAAUUUAACUGCUGUUGGUAUAAGACGGAUAAUAAAAAUGGCCAAAAAAAUUAAUGCAUUUAAAAAUAUGUGCCAAGAGGAUCAGGUUGCCUUGCUUAAAGGCGGUUGUACUGAAAUAAUGAUGAUGAUUAGUGCCAGGAGGUAUGAUUCUACUAAGAAUUCGUGGAAGAUCCCUUCAAUUCAAGAAAGUCUGAACGUAAACGUGAACGUCCUAAAAUUAGCUAAAGGUAAUGCAUAUCAAGAAUUGGAAAGGUUUAUUCGAACUUUUGAUCCAAAAUGGAGAACAGAUGAAAAUAUUAUUUUGAUUUUGUGUGCCAUUGUACUGUUUACUCCUGACAGGCCUAGGGUUAUUCACCAAGAUGUGGUUAAAUUAGAACAGAACUCCUACUAUUAUCUUCUGAGGAGAUAUUUGGAGAGCGUAUACGCUGGCUGUGAAGCCAAGUCGAUAUUUUUGAAAUUAAUGCAGAAAAUUAUGGAACUUCAUAAAGUCAACGAGGAGCUCAUCAAUGUUUUAUUGGACGUUAAUCCAUCACAAGUAGAACCGUUAUUAAUUGAAAUAUUUGAUUUAAAAUGAGAAAUUUAUACUUAAAGGUUUUUAUUGAGGUAUCUAAAAAUUCAAAAGUAUCCUUUCAAGUUACAAUCCAUUUUUCAUAAAUAUGUGACAUUAAUAGACAUUCAUUUUCAUAUUAUUUUCGUCUGGUAAAAAUAAUUCCUGAGUAUUUUUUUUAAUAGACUAUGUAUAUACUUCCUAGUUCCUAAUGUAUUCCUUCUCACUAUAAGAAUUGAAGUCCAGACAAAAUAAAAUUACUGCGUCUUUUGUUCAGCUUUUGAAAAGGUUAUUUUCUAUUUAGAAAGGAACCUGAAGUUUAAGAGAAGAGCAUAACAUGACGCUAAACACAAUAAAGUACCUAUUCAAAUUAAUAUUGACAAAUUCACUUCCUUUAAAAAUAUAAAAUGGAUACUAAUGUUAAAAUAGAACAUAUGACCACCUACCUAUGAAAGUUGCAAUUUCUACCAUAUUUACAUUAUAUAUUUAAUUGACUAUAGGAGAUUAAUAAGAAAUAUUUUCAAUUGUUGUAAAAAUACACCUAGUUUUAUACUAAAGUUCCACUAUGUUCAAACUCAGUUUUGAAGAGAAAUUUUUAAUAGAGUGGGCCAUUCGCUAAUGUAUUUGCAAAAAGUUCCUAUUAAUUCCAUGCAAUGACUUGCUAGUUUAUCUAUACAUUCUUUGUCUAUAUACCUAUGGAAAUAGUGAAAGUGUAAAAUAUAAAAUGACAUAUUUUGCCCUAAAUAUUUGCUCAAAAAAUUUAAACCUGCAUUUUUUAAAACAAUAUGUAUGUAACAACCUUUAGGAUAAAAAUAAUUUAGAUGCUUACUGCAUUUUGAUUUUAUUUUUAAACAAAAUGUAUUUGGACAUAUUUCUCCAAUUUGCUUUAGUACAAAAUACUGUAUUCUAUCAACGAAAAAAGCUGAAAUUAUAUGAUAAAAAUACCUACUAUAGUUGGGCCACCGAAGAAAGAUAGUAAUAAAACCGAGCAUCCAACCUCUGAGGGGCUUGACAGGCAAUAGACGAGAGGAUUUAUACCGAAUUUAUACCUUCUUAUAAUAAAUAAAAUUUAUUAAAUUUAUGAAUUCAUAUUUUAUAAGGCAAUAUGCAUAAAGGGUUUCAUUUGAUAUUCACAUUCCAAUUACUAAAUUAUUUUGAGUUAAAAUAAAUAAAUGAAAGGCAAACAACAUCAGUUUCAAAUGCACUCCACUAUGAAAAUGUCUGCUUUUGAGAGGGUGUCGGGAUUAUUCAUGGGGGCCAGUUACCAGGUAAUCGUUUUAUUACUAUCUCUGUUCGGUGGCCCGACUAGUUGUACUAGUAGUAACGUUGUAUACUCAUUUUUUUUUGAAUUGGCGAUCAACGCUUUGGAUUUUAUGUUUUGGUUGAUUAUUUAUUGAUGUAUGUAUUUUAUUUAACAAUUUAAUUUAUGACAGUUUUAUUACUUUUUAGAAGCUAAGGAGUGAUCAUAAAUAGAAAAUAUAUGUGAUAAAAAUAUGCAGUUUAACGCAAUAAUGUACAAAAUAAUCUUUAUAGAAAGUAAAUAAACGAAUAAAUUUUUUGGUGCUAAGUUUAUAGAGAA